ACAUCUGUGCAUGAGAGCUUGGAUAGUAGCAUUUAGCAGAGUAAAUAUAUACCAAGACUCUUAGAACAACAGAAACCAGAAAGAAAGGGAAGGGGAACUAAGGAAACCAAGAAGAAGAAGAAGAAGAAGAUGUCUUCUAAUUCAUCUUUGCAUAUUGUGAUCUUCCCUUUCAUGUCAAAAGGCCACAUCAUCCCGAUGCUCAACCUUACUCGACUCCUCCUCCUCCGUCACGGCAUCACCGUCACCAUCUUCACCACCCGAGCAAAUUCUCCCUUCAUCCGUCAAUCUCUAUCUGUUCAACACCCAAUCAACAUCGUCGAACUAGAGUUCCCUGCCGACAUCCCUGAACUCCCACCGGGUGUCGAGAGCACCGAUCGUCUACCUUCAAUGUCUCUCUUCGUCCCCUUCGCUAACGCAACCAAGCUGAUGCAAUCCGAUUUCGAACGAGUCCUCGAGAACCUCUCCGAGUCUAGUGGGGUCAGCUGCAUAAUCUCCGAUGGCUUCUUCGGUUGGACUCAGCAGUCAGCAGAGAAGUUGGGAAUCCCAAGAUUGGUUUUCUACGGCAUGAACAACUACGUCAUGACGAUUUGCCGAGUCCUAGCCCUGGAUCGUUCUCAUUUGAAACUCGGCCCGGACGAGUCUUUCACGGUGCCUGGGUUCCCAUCGGUCAAGCUUACCAAAAAUGACUUUGACCCAGAAUUCAACGAACCGGAACCGAAGGGUCCGCAUAUCGAGUUCGUGAUGGAAGUAGCCAUAGCGACGUCCAAAAGCCAGGGUCUCCUCGUCAAUAGCUUCAGCGAACUCGAGCCGGCCUACUUGGAUUACUGGAACCGUGAGUUUUGCCCCAAGGCCUGGUGUGUCGGACCCCUCUGCUUGGCUGAACCGCCGAAGGUCCACCGGGAUCAGAAACCCGAAUGGAUCAAAUUUCUCGACCUGAAAUCGGCCGAGGACCGGUCCGUUUUAUAUGUGGCGUUUGGUUCACAGGCGGAGAUCUCGGAGGAGCAGCUACGAGAGAUAGCUGUUGGGCUGGAGCGGUCGGAGGUGUGUUUUUUAUGGGUGGUGAGAUCGAAGGUGGAAGGGUUGGAAGAGAGGGUGGAGGGGAGAGGAUUGGUGGUGAGGGAGUGGGUGGACCAGGUGGAGAUACUCCGGCAUGAGAGUGUGAAGGGGUUCAUGAGUCACUGCGGUUGGAACUCGACGAUGGAGAGUAUAUGUGCGUCGGUUCCGAUAUUGGCCUGGCCCAUGAUGGCGGAGCAACCCUUGAACGCUCGCAUGGUGGCGGAUGAGCUUGGUGUGGGACUGAGGAUUGUGGCAAACAAUGGGUCGGUUCGUGGGUUUGUGGGUUCGGAGAUAGUGGAGAAGAUGGUGAGAGAAUUGAUGGAGGGAGAAGAGGGAAAGGAGGCGAGGAAGAAGGUGAAGGAUAUUGGAGAGGCUGCUACGGAGGCCAUGGAAGGUGGAUCGUCCUGGCGCACAUUAGACCAACUCAUCGAUGAGACCUGCAGGAAGAAGAAUCCAUGAGCUUUCCCUGGGUGGUAUUAUUAUGGACCGUU